AUGCAAACGUUCAAGUGUAAAUUAUCUCUGGAAGAAUGUAAAGAGAAGCAAAUUGAUGAAUACGAAGCUCUGAAGGCCAUCUACUGGGACUGCAAAAUUGUGGACCUAAGAAAAAAACCAGCAUGGAAUGCAUUUGUUGGUUUGGAAUUUCAAAUAUCCCUUUCUCCACUUGACGGCGAAUCACGAGGCACAAGUUUUGUUGGCAUUGAUUUAUAUAUUAAAUGCUCCACUAACUAUCCAAACGUAAAGCCAGUCAUGGAGUUGAAAAAUGCUUGUGGCCUUGAUGAUUCUAAAGUUAGGGAACUUCAUAACGAUCUUUCCAGUUUAGCUGACAGUCUUGUUGGUGAGGUAAUGAUACAUGACCUGUGCAACUGCAUUAGAAGUUAUUUGCACGCAAACAAUAAACCUCCUAAAGAAUCUUGUUAUGAAGAAAUGAUGAAAAGUAAGCAAAAGGAAGAAGAGGAGAAGAAUCGCCAAGAUCAAGAGAAAUGUCACAAUGAAGUUCACAUGGCAGAACAGAUUAAGCUUGAAAUAAAAAGAAAACUUAAUGCUUUUAAAAAAGAAAAAAAAUGCAAAUCAAGACAGGUUGAAAUAGUUGAAUAUCAGGCAGCAGCUGAUAAGUCAAGAGCAAGGAACAUCUUCGAAAUUGACUGCGAAUGGACUUUUGGCAAGUGCGGCAUGCUGAAUGCCAUUAUAGCCAAAUUUAAUUUCGUAGAUGAACCAGUUUCUUUGGACAAAUUUAGAACUAAAGUACACUAUCUUUAUGAAAACAAUUUAGCAACUUGUACAAUUACACAUUGUAAUCAUCUUCCCGACGGUCUUAUGCAAAUUAUCAUUCGACCCCGACGGUCUCUGAGUGAAAACAGUAAGUGCAACGAAAUCUUAAACGAUGUCCCCGUGCAUUUGUUCGAUCAAACUACAGGCUCACGCUUACAGGACGACUUUGAAACGUUAGAAAAUGUUGGACGCGGAGGAUUCGGUAAUGUCAUAAAAGUACAAAACAGGUUGGAUGGACGUUUCUACGCCAUCAAGCGGAUACCACUGACCUCGCACAACAUGAAUGUAACGAGAAAAAUCAUCAGGGAGAUUAAAUUACUUUCGAGGCUGAAUCAUGAAAAUGUUGUAAGGUAUUAUAACUCGUGGAUGGAAACUUCAUUUAAGGAUGUUAACUGCGAAACAAAGCAAACUAGUCAGAACGAAAAAAUACCGGACUGGGGCGUCUUUUCAGAAACGUUUGAAGACGAAGAAGAUGACGAUGAAGAUUCUUCCGACGAAGAUAAUGCCGAAAACGAAACUAGUAUCGAAAACCAAAAUAAUAACGCCCCACAAUUGAAUACUCACGAAGAUGACAGUGAGUCGGUACUGUUUAUAGGAAGUGAAAACAACGAUGACGAAACGAGUUCUCAGCCCGAUGACUCCCCUAUUCCUGACAACAAACGCAGACGAUCAAGAACUUUGAAGCUGCAGUUUCUUUACAUCCAGAUGGAAUUUUGUGAGAAAAAUACAUUGAAAGAUGUCAUUGACGGUGGUCUUUAUAAAGACUUGAGCAUGGUCUGGAAAUUGUUUAGAGAGAUAAUCGAAGGACUCAUUCAUAUUCAUGAUCAGGGUAUAAUACAUCGAGAUUUGAAGCCAGUCAAUAUAUUUUUGGAUUCCAACUGUCAUGUGAAGAUUGGAGAUUUCGGACUGGCCACAGUAGCCUCUGAUGAAGGUCAUCUUCAGCCAACGUCUGGCAAAGCAAGUCGUAUUGAUUGUGAUAAUUCAUUAACAAGCAACAUUGGCACUGCUCUUUAUGUCAGCCCCGAAAUACUGGAUCAUAAAAAGAAACAAACUUACAAUCAACGUGAUUAUGCACAAAUAAAUUUUAUGAGAUUUCCCGAAAUAUUCGAGUAUCGGGAGAUCUACACGGCAGGAGUGAGAAGCAUCAGGAUAUGCUCCGCAAAGCAUUUGGUCGGUGAGUUUGCUCAAUCGGUUGAAGGGCAAUGUCUCGAUGGCCUGGUUCGAAUACUGUCGGUCCGAAACUCAAACACACCAUGCGCGUAUGAUGCGGUGCUUGCUUGUGCUUACAUAAUGUGCAUAUACGUCGUUUGGGGUGGAUAUUACGAAGUUUUAAAUACAGGGAUGAAGGUUGACCUUUAUAGUUUGGGAAUAAUUUUUUUUGAAAUGAGCUACAAACCGUUGCAAACAAGUAUGGAACGAUCGAAAGUAUUAUCACAGCUUCGACAAUCAUCAAUCACUUUGCCGCUGGAUGUUGACUCAAUCAUGCAAACGUCACAGAUAAGAAUUAUUAAAUGGUUGUUGGAUCACAACGCCAAGAAUCGGCCCACUGCCAGAGACCUUCUAUCCAGUGAACACUUUCCAGUGCUUCCAUGUGAGGAGCAAGCCAUUGACAGAGCUAUAGUUUCAGCCAUUAAAAAUGUGAACAGCCAUGCUCAUAAAAAUCUUAUACAAACCAUUUUCUCACAAAGCACGUCAACUGCAACAGAAUAUGCCUAUGAUUACCAUUUCAGCAAGGGUAAAAAUCAGUUGAAUGUUCUUGAACAAAAUCGGUUGCGUGAUCUUACUAUAAAAACAUUAAAGAAGAUUUUUACGAAGUACGGAGGAUUGAAUGUUGAAGUUCCACUUCUCAUGCCCGGCCAUAAAUUAUAUCCCGAGUCAGCUCCUGUUGUGCAACUUAUGAACAAAUCUGGAGGACUUGUCACACUUCCAUUUGAUUCUAAAAUUUCUUUCGCCCGUUUUGUCGAGAAGCAAAAUAUCAAAACUUUAAAAAGGUAUUCAAUUAGCAAAGUUUUCAGAGAAAACUUGGAUUCCGGAGUUCAUCCGUUUGAAGUGUGGGAGGUUUCAUUUGACAUGGUUACAUCAUCAUCGUUUAACAGCGUUUACACAGAUACUGAGAUCUUAUUACUCGCUCAAGAUGUUCUUCAUAAUUUUCCCAGUCUUUGUGAUAAAGAUUUUAAGUUGAAAAUUAAUCAUUAUAGUAUAAUUUCUGCGAUAAUGUCGUACUGUAACAUCGAUAAAGAAGUUCAUCAAUCAAUAUUUCUCAUUCUUUAUGAAUAUAAGAACAUGGAACAGCAGAAGACAAACGUCGUCAACAGACUGCUGAACAUUGGACUGAAAGAAGAUGUCGUCAACAACUUUCUUUCUUUUAUCGAUCGUGAGGGCACAAUAAAUGAAAUGUCAAGUUUUCUCAAAUGCAUUACGAAAGUUAAAACAGAUGAAGCUCGUCUCGUAAAAGGUGCAUUGAAUUAUCUGACCAAAUUAAUAACACUCUUGGAGUCAUGUAAUUUCAAAUUCAAGAUAAUUGUGUCACUUAAGUUGUGCAACAAUUUGAACAUUUACUCCGGGAUAGUGUUUCAAAUUUCUAGAAAUUACAAAAAGAAACUUGACGUCCUCGUUGUGGGAGGAGCUUAUGACACUUUACUUAAUCAUUUCAGACAACUUGGAAAUUUUACAGGAAAUAAAAAGCAUGUUGUCGGUUUUAACAUGCCUCUAGAAAAAGUAUUUUAA